AUGAGAGGGAAUCAAAUUAUUUUCUCUCAUGAUUCUGUUGAGAAGGUCAAUCAUGUUUUGGUUUCUAAGGAGGACCUUGACAAUAUUACGAAGGUUCACUUCUACAAUGAGAAAGGCAGAGACAAUGUGUUGGCUUGGAAAACUUACGGAACAUCCAAGCUAUACGAUUGUAGCAGCGUACUGCAACAAUUGUUUGCAGUCCUUGGCCGGUUGAGUCCAUACUAUAGCCAUAUCAGACAGGAUACAAUUGAUAACCUGGUUGAAAAAGUUGAGCAGAGUGUCAGGGAGAAGAAGGACAAUCCAAUAUUCAUCAGUGACAAGCAGAGUCUUCUGCAUGAAAAACGUCUUGGCUCUGAUGUUGGUGGUGUCCAUCAGGUGGACUCCAUGUCAGAUAAUUACCAUGAUUACUUUGGAGGAGCAUCGACAUUACAAAUUGAGGGUUCCAGCCAUCCAAGUAGCAAUGAGGAUCUCCCUCUUAAGACGCAUGAUGUCAGCCCAUCACCAGAUACCUUGCUGCAAACGGAGAGCAACCGCAAGCAAGUUGAGAGUUGGAUUUCGGUUCUGGCGGACACCAGACAAGCGACAGGCUUGUCGUCGUCCAAGAAACCGAUUGACAACUUUGUGGCCCAUAAAGCCAUCAUUGCCAACCAGCCGUGCCAACAUGCGACCCAUCAAGUCGUCAUGCAGAGGCACCGAACAUAG